AUGUUUUCUAUAGGAUUAACAUCAGGAGAACAUGGGGAUUAUCCCGGAUGCGCUGAAGAUCAAACCUAUUGCAAAAACAACGGAAAAUGCAUACCAUUUAAAUGGGCAUGCGAUGGAUAUAAGGACUGCACGGAUAACUCAGACGAAACAAAUUGCUUGAGAGAAGGUUAUAGAGUCGAAGAAUUACCUGGAGUAAGAGAAAGUAAGGAGAAAGCACUUUCGUGGUUGAAAAAACAAAGAAAAUUAGAUGGGGGUUGGGGUAAAGACACGAGUCGGGCCAUUGUGGCACUUCGUCUUUCCGAAGAACUCGACAUAAACUCUGCUAAUGUAACGAAUCAAUUAAUGUUUACGCAACUGAAACUUCAACUUUCUCAACUGUUGCUGAACGACAUGAAAGACAUCAAGAGUUAUGAAAUCGCAUCUUUCGUUAAUUCAUUACUUGCCAUUUGUUCUAAUCCGAAAAAUUUUCAAGAAUUCGAUUUAGUGAAUUUAUUGAAACUAAGAAUUAAAGAGUCUGAAUCGAUGAAUCCUGCAAUCGCGUUGGCAAUAUGCAAUUCUAAUCAAACCAUUCCACCGAAUGAAAUGAAAAAAUUAGAAAAUCUCUCUCUUAAAAGAGGCUCUCACUGGAUAGAUUCUAAAGCAUAUGCUCUGAUGGCAUUGUUGUGUCUUAAAAAUCGCAUGAAGCAAUUUUCACCACUUCAUAAAUACGAUUUAGAUUUUAAUAAAGCGAUGAGAAUCUUUUCAACAUUACAAAAUGAAGACGGUUCCUUCGGUAAUAAACAUACAACAGCCCUUUUCCUUCAAGCUUUAUUAUCUAUUGAUAACCAAGUAACCAAGGACAAAGAAUGGAAUGUAACGGCUGCUAUUAAUUACCUUCUGUCGCACCAAAAAGAAGAUGGCUCAUUCGGAGAUGCAUUCUCAGCUUAUCUGAUACUUCCAAUACUGAAUGGGAAUACAUUUGUUAAUUUGGGGAGUCUCAAUUGCAGUAUAAACCAACCACAUAACUUAACAAUAGAAGGAGAAAUUGAAUCUAGAAGAAUUGAAAAACAUCGUGUAAAUUAUAAAAUCUUCGUUGGAGAGAACAAAGAUAUUAGUUUUAGUCUUUCUCUUAGUGUACCCAUUAAUUCGACGUUUUUUGAAGUCAUGCAAUUAGCUGAAAAAUUGGAUAAUAAAUUUAGUUUCGAAUACGUCGAUUAUCCAUGGGGUAAAUACGUCUAUUCGAUAUUUGGGAUAUUUAAUCAUCCGGAAGAAAUGAAUUAUUGGCAAUUGUUUAAAGAUUCAGAAAAUGAAACGUUUUUACUGCAAUGUAAGUAUAUUCAUGCUCUUAUAUCCAUCUCCGAAUAUUUGUCUACUUAUUCUAUUUGAUCUAAAUCUCAAUACAUUUAGAAAAGUUCAGAAUGGCCA